CCCUCCCCCCUAAUUGAUAUUAUUGGAGUGUGGAGCAAGCGGCCGGUCUGCAGUCGGAGACUUGCAGGCAGCAAACACGGUGCGAACGAACAGGAGGGGGGAGGGGGGGAAUAAAAAAGCUAAACGUGGAGCAGCCGGCCGGAGAUCUAGAGGGGGAUCGAUGCGAGGAGCGCAAUUAAAGAAACCCCACUUCGGAGCAAACAGCAUUUAAAAAGCUGCGACUCAACUGAAACCUAAAAUAAAACCUGCUCAUGCACCAUGGUUUUUCAAACUCGGCACCCUUCAUGGAUUAUUUUAUGCUACAUCUGGCUGCUCCGCUUUGCACAUACCGGGGAAGCACAGGCUGCGAAGGAAGUACUACUGCUGGAUUCUAAAGCACAACAAACAGAAUUGGAAUGGAUUUCCUCUCCACCCAAUGGGUGGGAAGAAAUUAGUGGUUUGGAUGAGAACUAUACCCCCAUACGAACAUACCAGGUGUGCCAAGUCAUGGAACCCAACCAAAACAACUGGCUGCGGACUAACUGGAUUUCAAAAGGCAAUGCACAAAGGAUUUUUGUAGAAUUGAAAUUCACCCUGAGGGAUUGUAACAGUCUUCCUGGAGUAUUGGGAACCUGCAAGGAAACCUUUAAUUUGUACUAUUAUGAAACAGACUAUGACACUGGCAGGAAUAUAAGAGAAAACCUCUAUGUAAAAAUAGACACCAUUGCUGCAGAUGAAAGUUUUACUCAAGGUGACCUUGGUGAAAGAAAGAUGAAGCUUAACACUGAGGUGAGAGAGAUUGGACCUUUGUCCAAAAAGGGAUUCUAUCUUGCCUUUCAGGAUGUAGGGGCUUGCAUAGCAUUGGUUUCUGUCAAAGUGUACUACAAGAAGUGCUGGUCCAUUAUUGAGAACUUAGCUGUCUUUCCAGAUACAGUGACUGGUUCAGAAUUUUCCUCUUUAGUCGAGGUUCGAGGGACAUGUGUCAGCAGUGCAGAGGAAGAGGCGGAAAACUCCCCCAGGAUGCACUGCAGUGCAGAAGGAGAAUGGUUAGUGCCCAUUGGAAAAUGUAUCUGCAAAGCAGGCUACCAGCAAAAAGGCGACACUUGUGAACCCUGUGGCCGUGGAUUCUACAAAUCUUCGUCUCAAGAUCUUCAGUGCUCUCGUUGUCCAACUCACAGUUUUUCUGAUAAAGAAGGCUCCUCGAGAUGUGAAUGUGAAGAUGGGUAUUACCGAGCUCCAGCUGACCCACCAUAUGUUGCCUGCACAAGACCUCCAUCUGCACCACAAAACCUCAUUUUCAACAUCAACCAGACCACAGUAAGUUUGGAAUGGAGUCCUCCUGCAGACAACGGGGGAAGAAAUGAUGUGACCUACAGAAUAUUGUGUAAGCGGUGCAGUUGGGAGCAGGGAGAAUGUGUUCCUUGUGGGAGUAACAUUGGAUACAUGCCCCAGCAGACUGGAUUAGAGGAUAACUAUGUCACUGUCAUGGACCUACUGGCUCACGCAAAUUAUACUUUUGAGGUCGAAGCUGUAAAUGGAGUUUCCGAUUUAAGCCGGUCCCAGAGGCUCUUUGCAGCUGUCAGUAUCACCACUGGCCAAGCAGCUCCCUCGCAAGUGAGCGGAGUAAUGAAGGAGAGAGUUCUGCAGCGGAGUGUCGAGCUUUCCUGGCAGGAACCAGAACAUCCCAAUGGAGUCAUCACCGAAUAUGAAAUCAAGUAUUACGAGAAAGAUCAAAGGGAACGGACCUACUCGACAGUAAAGACCAAGUCCACUUCAGCCUCCAUUAAUAAUCUGAAACCAGGAACAGUGUAUGUUUUCCAGAUUCGGGCUUUUACUGCUGCUGGUUAUGGAAAUUACAGUCCCAGGCUUGAUGUUGCCACUCUAGAGGAAGCUACAGGUAAAAUGUUUGAAGCUACAGCUGUCUCCAGCGAGCAGAAUCCUGUGAUUAUAAUCGCUGUGGUUGCUGUGGCAGGGACCAUCAUUUUGGUGUUCAUGGUUUUUGGUUUCAUCAUUGGAAGAAGGCACUGUGGUUAUAGCAAAGCUGAUCAAGAAGGAGAUGAAGAACUUUACUUUCAUUUUAAAUUUCCAGGCACCAAAACCUACAUUGACCCUGAAACCUAUGAAGACCCAAAUAGAGCUGUCCAUCAAUUCGCCAAGGAGCUAGAUGCCUCCUGUAUUAAAAUUGAGCGUGUGAUUGGUGCAGGAGAAUUUGGAGAAGUCUGUAGUGGUCGUUUGAAACUUCCAGGGAAAAGAGAUGUCGCUGUAGCCAUAAAAACGCUGAAAGUUGGUUAUACAGAAAAACAAAGAAGAGACUUUUUAUGUGAAGCAAGCAUCAUGGGACAGUUUGACCACCCAAAUGUUGUCCAUUUGGAAGGGGUUGUUACACGAGGAAAACCAGUCAUGAUUGUAAUAGAAUUCAUGGAAAAUGGCGCUCUAGAUGCAUUUCUCAGGAAACAUGAUGGGCAAUUUACAGUCAUUCAGCUAGUAGGAAUGUUGAGAGGAAUUGCUGCUGGAAUGAGAUAUUUAGCUGAUAUGGGAUACGUUCACAGGGACCUUGCAGCUCGCAAUAUUCUUGUCAACAGCAAUCUUGUUUGUAAAGUGUCAGAUUUCGGCCUAUCCCGGGUUAUAGAGGAUGAUCCAGAAGCUGUCUAUACAACUACUGGUGGAAAAAUUCCAGUAAGGUGGACAGCACCGGAAGCCAUCCAGUACCGGAAAUUCACAUCAGCCAGUGACGUGUGGAGCUAUGGGAUAGUCAUGUGGGAAGUUAUGUCUUAUGGAGAAAGGCCUUAUUGGGACAUGUCAAAUCAAGAUGUUAUUAAAGCAAUAGAAGAAGGUUACCGUUUACCAGCCCCCAUGGACUGCCCAGCUGGUCUUCACCAGCUGAUGCUGGAUUGUUGGCAGAAGGAACGCGCUGAAAGGCCAAAGUUUGAACAAAUAGUUGGAAUUCUAGACAAAAUGAUUCGUAACCCAAAUAGUCUGAAAACACCCCUGGGAACCUGUAGUAGGCCAAUAAGCCCUCUUUUGGAUCAAAAUACUCCUGACUUCACUACCUUUUGCUCAGUUGGAGAAUGGCUACAAGCUAUUAAGAUGGAAAGAUAUAAAGAUAACUUCACAGCAGCUGGCUAUAACUCUCUUGAAUCAGUGGCCAGGAUGACUAUUGAGGAUGUGAUGAGUUUAGGGAUCACACUAGUUGGCCACCAAAAGAAAAUUAUGAGCAGCAUUCAGACUAUGAGAGCACAAAUGCUACAUUUGCAUGGAACUGGCAUCCAAGUGUGAUAGGCAUUUCUCCCCUAUGAGGGAGAUGACAGACUGCAAGAGAACAGUACUGGCCUUCAGUAUGUGCAUAGAAUGCUGCUAGAAGACAGCUGAUGCCCUGAGUCCUUCCUCCAGUGAAGAGAAGAUUUAAGAAGCACCUAUAGACUUGAACUCCUAAGUGCCACCAGAAUAUAUAAAAAGGGAAUUUAGGAUCCACCACUGGUGGCUAGGAAAACAGCAGUGACAAUAAAACAAAGUACUACCUGAAAAACAUCCAAACACCUUGAGCUCUCUAACCUCCUUUUUAUCUUAUAGACUUUUUAAAGUGUACA